UAUCGAUGACUGGCCGCCGGUGACCGUCUUCGAUAUUUUUCAGACUAUCACGAUAGUAUUACAAAAAAUUUGCAUCACUUGGAUUUCGAAGAAUUAAGAAGGUAAGCACGUUUUGGAUACGAAAAAUUAAAUAUUUAUUUCUUUUGUUUUCGACAGAAAUAUUCAAAUUUUGGUGGUUUCGGUAUUCCGGUGAUUCCUUAAAAAUGGAUGGCGAGGGAAAAAAUGGAGACAAGGAUGUGGAGCAGACAGCAUCGAUAGAUAUUGAAGUAGUGGGCAAGGCGCAAGAGAAAUCUUUGAAAAAGUUGAGCCGAUUGGCAAGUUCGGUGUGGGAUCUCUUUGAAAAAACAAAAGAUGGUAGGGAAGCGAAAUGCCGCAUUUGUAAAACGAUUUACAAAACCAGCGGAAACACCAGCAACCUUGCCGAUCAUUUAAAGAGAUUCCACCCAACUCACAGCCAGUACAAGGCAACGCAACCGACAGUAAAGAAAUUUUUUAAUCACGAUGAGUACGACAGCAAUUCGGUCCGAAAAGCGAGUCUUGAUAUGGCGUUGAUGGGAAUGAUUGCUAAGGACAUACAACCUUUUUCUAUUGUGGAGGACGAAGGGUUUAGGAAGUUUGUCAAGCUAUUAGAUCCCCGCUACACAUUGCCGUCACGCACAACGCUUCAGGACGUGAAAAUGAAAAACAUGUACAUACCCUCAGUGAAAAACUACAGUCGAUCAGUGUGCGAUUACAACGGACUGCUGGACUAGCAAAGCCAAUACUGGUUAUUUGACCAUAACAGUUCACUUCAUUGACGGGAACUUCAAGAUAAAUUCGGCAGUAUUGGCAACACAGCCACUCCUAUGUGCAACAAAUCAUUCUGCUGACAAUAUCGCAUCAUCAUUGCGCGCAGAACUGAUGAAAUGGAGUCUGUUGCCAAAAGUUUGCGCAAUAGUUACGGAUAAUGCCAGCAACAUGGUGAAAGCAUAUCAACUUCUUGAGAAAAGACAUCUUCCGUGCUAUGCUUAUGUACUUAACCUGGUUAUACAAGACUGCCUUGCUAUAAAAGAGAUUCAGACUGUGUUAACAAAAUGCAUGCGAAUAGUGACCUUUUUUAAAAGCAGCACAAUUGCCUAUGAGAAAUUCAAACUAGCUCAAGGUCUCGGCAAGCCAUACAGCCUUAAACAGGAGGUUUGUACACGCUGGAACAGCGCGUUUCAAAUGGUCGAGCGCAUACUCUUGACCAAAGAGUUUAUUUCUUACGUACU